AUUUUGGAAAUUCCUAUGUCGAAUCACAAGAAACUCCAGCCUCUGAGGCCUUGGUAUUUAUGCUUGUAAGUCUGAAUGGCAAAUGGAAGUGGCCAAUUGGCUACUUUUUUCAAUCAAAAUCUACAGCUUCUAUAUAAGCCGGCUUAGUGACAACUGCUAUUACUAUGGCACAUGCAGUUGGAGUUAAAGUAUGGGAAGUUACUUGUGAUGGCACAGCUUCUAAUUUAUCCACAAUGACACAUUUAGGCUGUAAACUUAUUGGAAGUUAUGCUGAAAUAAAGAAAUCGUUUUAUAUUCCAGGAAUUGAGUGGAAGCUCAAAAAAAAUGGGUUUGAAUUUUGCCAACAAAAUAAGUGCAUCACAUAUAGAUUGGCAAAAAAAUUAACUGCUGAAACACUGAGCUUUUCUACAGCUGAUGCUUUAGAAGUAUUAAAUUGUCUUAAUGUUCCUGAAUUUAAAAAUGACCUCUUUUUAAGUACACAAACACAAAUAUCUUCAAGUAAUAUGGCUUCUGCUUUAGAAGAAAGAGAAGAACUAAGUUCAAAAUGUUUUAUAUGCAAUGUCAAAGUUACAACUCGUUCAUCAUACAAUAUCUAUUGUACUUUUAUGCCUCAAAGAGAGUUAUUGUUAAUAGAUGUCAUGUCUAAAAUACUUAAAAAGGUUUUAAAUCCUUCUCAAAUGAGAAGCUCACUAUUGUGUCGAAGGUGCUUUACACUUUUUGAUGAGUUGGAUCAGAUAUCUACACGUUUCAAAAAGCUUCAAACUGACAUUAUUAAACGUUACACUUCUACUUGUAACGAAUAUAAAGAUGAACAUUUUUUUAAAAUUGUGAAUAGUAUGACUCCGAUAAAAAUUGAAGAACUUUCACACAGUGAACAAGAAAAUGAUAACAAAUCCUUUAAUGAUGAUGAUGAAAAUAGCGAAAAAUCAUCCAUAGCUUUAAAUGAGAUUGUUGAGAAUAUCAUCAGUAACAUACAAGCUGAUGAAACUAUGGACAACGAUGAAGAAAUUAAAGAAUGUACUUCUGAUACUUCAAAAGAUAAAAUUGUACUAAUUAAUGAAAAGGUUACAGAACAUAUUGAUGCAGUAGAUAUCCCUUUAUCUGUUGUUGAAGAAUCAACCUGUGAAACAAAAUCAAGGAAACUAAGUGUUGAUAAUAAUUACAAAUGUGAGCAAUGUGAUGAUUCUUUUCUUCAAGCUUCAGAUUUAAAGAAUCAUUUUAAUAUGGUUCAUAAAAGUACUAAAAGUUUCUUUUGUUCUGUUUGCGAUAAAAGUUUUUCAACCAAACAAGCAUUAAAUAAUCAUUUGUCCAAAGAACAUAACACUUUAGAUAAAAAGACAAUUAAUGAUCAAGUUGAUUCAAUUUCUCCAGCAGUUAAAACUGAAAAUGAAACCUCCAUUUGUGAUACGGAUUCAAACAUAGUCAGUGAAGCUAGUACUGAUUAUAUAAAUGAUGCUCCCGAAGGUGUGGUAAUUGACGUGAAACCUGAAUUUUCCAUUGAUAAUAGCAUGUAUUUAGAGGAAGUUGUACAAGAAGAAAAUGAAGAUGAUGAUUUUGAAUGGAAAGAAGAACAACAACUUAACUAUAUUGAAGAAAAUAUCAUAGAAGAUAGUUCAAGUGCAAUUGAUGAAACAAUAACCCCUUCAUCGGGAUCAGAAAAAUCUGAUAAAAAACGAAAAAAAAGAGGUAGCUCACGUUCUGGUGAACGUGCAUGUUUGCCAGCUAUACAUAGUUGUAUACUUUGUGGAAAAAAAUGGAGGACAGUCACAGAGUUAAAAUCUCAUGUACAAUCGCACAGUUCUCUUAGGCCUUAUGUCUGUGAGAUAUGUGGUCAAGCAUAUAAAAUGAAAAAAGCUUUAGACGUGCACAUUGGAAUGCACAAUGGUAUACAUCCUUUUACUUGUGAAUACUGUAAUAAGUCUUUUACACAAAAAGUUGGUCUACAAAAACAUAUUCCCAUCCAUACUGGAUAUACACGGUUUCAAUGUGAUUUGUGUGGGAAGCGAUUUAUUCAUCAAAAAAGUUUUCAUAUACAUACAAUGACUCAUACAGGUGAAAAACAUGUUAAAUGCUCUGAGUGUGGUUUGGCUGUUUUAUCUCAAUCACAUCUUAAGCGACAUUUAAGAGUUCAUACUGGAGAGCGACCAUAUGCUUGUCCAAUAUGUGGCAAACGUUUUGCAGAAAAGUAUAACAUGAACGCUCAUGUGCAUAUUCACGAAAAUAACUCAGGAAAUGCACCAAGGAGAAAUAGAAAUCAUAUAUGUCAAUUGUGUGGUAUGAGUUAUGAUCGAAAACAUAAACUUGAAUAUCAUUUAGCUUCAGCACAUAACAAAAUUGACAGUAAACUUUCUCAAGAUCAAGAAUUGGUGCAAUUACAACAACCAAAAAUUGAAUACUUUCAAGAAAAUUCCCAAGGUCAUCAAAUCAUCAAUGUGGAUAAUAAUGCUAUUGAACACAAUGGUAGCACUACAAUGAUAACAGUUAGUGGUGUCAAACUUCCAAUAUCCUUAGAUGGUGCUCCAAUUAUGGUUACUACGAUGCCACAAGAAUCCCAUACUACCAAUCUUGUACCGCUCAACAUACCUACAGGUCCUCUUCUUACUUACAGGCCAUCAAACACAAAUGAUAAUAAUGAUCAACAGAUGGUUGAUGGUUCACAAAACUCUUAUAUGCCACAAAAUCCUGUUACAAUACAAUUGUCUUAAAAUAGUAAGUUUAUAGGUAUAAAUAAAACGAGGAAUGUAACUUCAAAAAUCACAAAAGGAGCCUCUAAAAUCCCUGAAUUUAACAUUUUGUAAUGAGAUUAAAUUAUAGAUAGUAGUUCUACUAACUACUUACAUUUCUUAAUUAUUUUAAGUUGUUUAUACGUAGUAAGUUAGGGUCUAUUAUUGUUUUAUGCACAACUUUUAUUCUUAUUAUUAAUGAAUAAUAAUAUAACGCAAUUAAUUUUUUAACAGUCGCUAUACAUUUGUUUUGAUCAAUUGAUAGAUUGUUACUAUUUUUAUUUAUUUAUCAAAAAUUGACAAAAUAGGAUAUUAAAUAUGAUAUUUAUUAUGCUUUAAUAUGAUAAUAUUAAUUCUGUGAAUACCAUUGAAGAUCAUUAAAAUAUAUAAAGUUAUAUACUAGUUAGUAAAUACAAAAAAAAAAAAAAACUCUUAAAUUAGUAUUUUUAAAUGUUUGUUCAUAUAAGCGAUUAUUUUAGUAAGCUUAAAAGAAAAUUUGAAUAAUAUAGUUAUAUAUUACAAUGCUUUAAAUUAUUUUAAUUGUAUUAUUUGUUUAAAAUAUAUCACUAAAAUUAUUUUUUAAAAAUGGAUUAUCUCCAAAAAAAAUAAAAGAACUGGUAAUGAUCAAAAAUUAAAGUUUAACCCGUGUUAAGCAAUUAUAACUUUACUAUUCAUUCAAGUUUGAAAUAUUUAAAUUACAGCUACGAAUUACUAGUUAUUUAAAAAAUCAAAUCUCAUUUAAUAGGUUGUUAAGAAUUAUUGAAAACAUUAUUUUUUUUUUAAUAUAAUUAUUUUAGUUUUAAUUGGACAUCACAAUUUUCAUUUUUUAAAGUUAUUUUAUGUUUUAACCAAUUUUUAUUUUAUUUGUUGUUGAUACUUUCUUAAAAUUUUUAUCAUAUUUUUUUAUUUAUGUGAUAUUUAAAAUAUUUACAUUUUAGUGUCAAACUAAAAAUCUCGUUUUUUUCAUGAACAAUUUUAUGUUUAUUAAAAUAAUACUUAAAUUUUAAGUAGAUGAUUAAAAAUUCGAUUUUUUUAAUGCAAUUUAUUUUUCAAAAUAAUUUUAAGAAACCGUAUUGAUUAAUUUUAAAUCAUUUAACUUGUAGUUUUACAUUCAAUUAUAGUAAUAAUCACAAAAACCUAUAAUAAUUUAUAAUAGACAUUUUAUCUAAAUAGAGUUUCAAAUAUUAUUUUAUGAAUCUAAUAUUAUUAUUAAAAUAUUGUAACAUAAUUAACAGUUAUUUAUGUAUUGUUAUAACUUUAACAUAUCCUUUCCUUUUAGACAUAAAAACAUAAAAAGACAACAUUUUAAUAUAGUUAACUAAUGUUAUUUUGAAAUUAAUUUCUUUUUAAAAACGUGGCCAUUUAUGAUUUAUUUUAUAUUUAUAAUUAUUGAAAACAAAAAUGUUUGACUGAUUUUUUUUAUAUAGGCAAUAAGAUAAAUUCACUUUUUAUUUUAAUGUUUUGCAUUUUUACUAUAUAUUGUAUAUUAUUAGUUAGGUGAUUUUUUUUUAUUGUUUAACUCAUUUAACAUUGUUUAUUGUUGUAAUUUUAAAAGAAAAAUUUUUUGUGAUUUAAAGUUUUUAUUUUCAUGCAAAAAUAAACAUAAAAUAAAUAUCUUUUAAACCUACUAUUUAUGUUUAUUUUAAACAUAAAAAUUGAUAAUGAAUUUUGAUUUAAAAAAAAAGUCUUCUUUUUUAAUAAUAUAUAAUACUUUUUACUUAUCUUGUAAAUGUUGAUUAAGUGCCAUUGGGUAUUAAAAAUGUGUUGGUUUAUAAUUUAUAAUUUUUAUGUUUUUAUUUAAAAUAUGCUUUACAAUACCAUUUUUUUUUUUUAAGCAAUAACUGAUUAUUUAUUUCAUAUAUUACUGUUAGGUUAUUAUUGAAGAUUAUUUAUAAUAGAAUGAUUUUUUAUUAAGUCAAUAAUAAUAUUUUUGCUAGAUUAUUAGAAUAUAAUUAUUAUUAUGUGUAUUUUGUAAUUUUCAUAUGUAUGAAUUUUUCUAUUAAACAAUAUAUUUUGAUAUUUUGAUACUAAUUUUUAGUAUUUAGAUAUACUAUUAUAUUCAGUAUAAUUGUUUAUGAUAUUCUAUUGUGUUUCCUUAUUAUUAAUUAUUUGUAGUUGUGUUAUUGAUGGUCAACUUUUUAAAUUUGAAUUCAAGCCUAUCAAAAUUAAAUUAUUGAAUUAAUUAAAUGUCUUGGUAAUAAGUAAUAACCAAUAAUUAUAUAAUAAAUUAUGAUAAUGAUACUAUUGAUUUCUAUAAUGUAUAUUAUUAAUAUUUUAUCAAUAUUCAAUAGUCAAUACUAUGGUAUAUUUUAAGUAUUCUAUACAAUAAGCUAAAGCAAUAACUUGUGUAUAUAAAACUUAUAUGAUUAAGUGUCAUUUUGUACAUGCAUUUUUAACAAUAAAAAAAUCACAUAUUAGAUUAGUA